AUGCCUUCUCAACAACUUCCAAACACGAUCGAGGAUCUGCUUAACUUGGUUUCUAGCACCGAAACCUCUUUAGACCAAGUUACGAAACAAUUACUUCCCAUACUCAGGCAACUGCCAAAUUCUUUUUUCACUGGUGAACAUACUAGAGAUCCUCUAGAUCUUUUGAAUGCUACUCGUAAUAGCCUGGUUUAUGCAUAUUUUCUUGACGCGAGAUGUCGCGUUGAUAGACCUGACGUCCCUCGCUUGUUGGGUCGUAUAUUUGAAUUUCUGGAUAAAUUUGACCAACAACAAAUGCAGCUUGCACCUGAAAAAUGUACGUUAAGUAUCAGAAUGGUUGAUUCGAUAACAAUCACGAAAAUACUAAAGAAAAUUUUGAUCACAGUAUUAGCAACUGUGCAAGAUCUUAGCAAGUUGGCUACUCAAUACGGAAAUAGUAUAAUCAUUUUCAAACCAUUAGCAAAUACGAUCAUAAAAUUUGCUCCUUCUCGAAACCACUUGACUAAUUUACAUCAAUUCUUUUUAAAGGAAUGCCUCUUAUCGAAAGUUUAUACUCAAGCAUUACCAAUACUGGAUCAGGAUAUAACAGAGAUUGAACCUCAAUUGACGGGUAUUAAUUAUCUGGAUCAUCUUUUAUAUCAUUAUUAUGGUGGCAUGGUGUAUAUUGGCUUGAAAAAUUAUGAUCGUGCUUUAUAUUUCUUUCGACUGGUUAUAUCAGCACCUGCUGCUGUGACAAGUGCUGUUCAGUUAGAAGCCUACAAAAAAUAUGCGUUGGUUUCCUUGUAUUUAUAUGGAAAGAUUGUAUCUUUGCCAAAAUACACUUCUGGUGUAGUAAUACGCGCAGUAAAGAACUAUUGUCAACCAUAUCAAGACUUCGCGGCUGCCUUCGAAAGUUUAAACGUGAAACGUGUGCGUAAUGAAUUGCAGAAAUGUGCCGAUGUUUUCAAAAGGGACAAGAAUCUUGGCCUUGCUAAACAAUCUAUGGAAGCAAUCUUUCGCCAAAAGAUUCAACAGCUUACUCAGACUUAUUUGACAUUAUCAUUGGCGGACAUUGCAGAUACUGUUGGAUUAGAAGGGCCAAAUGCAUCUUUAAUUGCUGAAGAUUACAUUUUACGGAUGAUUGAAACUCGUGAAAUAUUUGCCACAAUUAGUCAUUCACAUCAAAAUGGCAUGGUUUCCUUCCAUGAUAACCCUGACCGAUAUAACACUUCACUCACAAUUACUAAAAUCGAGGCGCAUAUUGCACAAGCAGCUGCUGUAAAUCAACGUGUGUUAAAAACUGAUCAUUUGAUUGCAUGCAGUAAGGAAUAUCUAUCAAAGCAACACUUGGCUCUGAGUGGUGGUAUGCCAGGUGGAUUAGGUUUAACUGAUGAAGCCGACUUUUAUGGGUCGGGAAAUUGUGAACCAUUUAUCGACGAAGGAAGAUUCUACGGAUAA